AACAUUCAUAUCUCUCUCUCUCUCCCCUGAUUGGCAAUAAGACACGUUCAAAUCUAAUCUAUAUCUCCCUAUUCCAAUUCCGUACAUACGCUGCUUAUUCCUUUGCAUAAUCUCUCUUCUUCAGUGAUUGUGUGCAUCGUCAAGUUUGACUUUCAUUCUGGAUCGUGUUUGAACGAUUGCUAGCUUUUGAGAAGAGCAAUGAGUUAUUCUGCAGCCGGACAAGGAAAGAAUAGCUCAGGUAAAAGGAGAAUAAGUGAUCUUUUAACUCAAUCUGAUAACCGAGUCUGCGCUGAUUGUAGCGCUCCAGAUCCUAACUGGGCGUCAGCAAAUAUCGGAGUGUUCAUAUGCUUGAAAUGUUGCGGUGUGCACAGAAGCCUUGGUACUCAUAUCUCAAAGGUCUUAUCUGUGACAUUGGAUGAAUGGUCAGAUGAUGAAGUGGAUUCAAUGAUUGAAAUUGGAGGAAAUGCCUCUGCAAAUUCAGUUUACGAGGCAUUUAUACCUGAUGGUGUCUCUAAGCCUGGACCUGAUGCUAGUCAUGACCAACGUAUGCAGUUUAUCAGGUCAAAAUAUGAACACCAAGAGUUUCUAAAACCAAGCUUGAGGAUCACAUCCGUGAAGGGAUCAAAUUCAUCAUCAUCACAACAGCCGCAUCUUGAAGGAAUGGUUGAGUUUAUUGGAUUGUUGAAGGUGACUCUUAAAAAAGGAACCAAUCUAGCUGUCCGAGAUACGAGGACAAGCGAUUCUUAUGUUGUGUUGACUCUCGGACAACAGACUGCAAAAUCAACUGUAAUGAAGAGCAACUUAAACCCGGUUUGGAACGAGGAACUCAUGCUCUCUGUUCCUCAUGACUAUGGCUCAGUGAAGUUGCAAGUGUUUGAUUAUGACGCAUUCUCUGGUGAUGACAUAAUGGGAGAAGCUGACAUUGAUAUCCAACCUCUGAUCACAUCCGCAAUGGCUUUUGGAGACCCUGAAAUGUUUGGAGAUAUGCAGAUUGGUAAAUGGCUUAAAUCGCGCGACAAUGCUCUUAUAGAGGACAGCAUCAUCAACAUUGCAGAUGGGAAAGUGAAGCAAGAGGUUCACAUCAAGCUUCAGAAUGUCGAGUCUGGUGAAUUAGAACUAGAACUUGAGUGGCUGCGUCAAGACCAUUCAUUGCAUAAAAGAAUCUAAAGCUCAUCGUAAUGAUAAUGUCUUUUUUUUAUUUCCUUUACGUCCUGCAGUUGGAUCUGUUCACGACUCUAAAGGCACUAUCUUUGUUGGGAGUGUUUCUUUUGUUCGUUGGACACAGAACACUGUCUCACCUAGCAGCAGCAUCGAACAAGUUGAAAUCUGCUUGAAUAUUCAUCACUAUGGUGGAUCUUAUAUGGAUCAUGUGUCUCCAUGGAGAGGCUUCUUAUUUCAGUUUUGUAGCAGUGACUUAUAUAGAUUAUGGUAAUAAGACAAUUCCAAAAGAUUACAGAGUUUCAGUUUAGUCUUAAAAAGUUAUCAAGAA